UACGGGUCAUUUGCUCUCGAAUAAUUGGUUUUCUGCUAAAUAAAUUUUAAAAUUAUAAAAUCAAUCAAUCAAUCAAUCAAUCUCUCCAGCGUUCAUCACAUUUCAACUGUGAAGAAGAAGAUCUAUUAUUAUUUUAACGAUGAUGACGUCAGGCAUCAGGCGGAAAGCUCUAUCUCUAUGCUCAUAUGCAGCGUCAAAUAAUGGAAUCACACAAUCACUGGAGAGGGGUCAACCUGCAUUUAUAGGAUCUGCAUCACGAGGAUAUGUUGCUGGUAUCCCUAUGCUUGAGGUGUUUGGAAAAUCAAAAUUUGUACCAAGGUCUCAUCAAGGUGUUCCUGUAUGUUCAAAACCCUCGAGGGACAUUUUAUCAUCAUUUAAAUCAGAUUUCCAAACUCAGAAGUGGAUUAGAUCUUUUUCUACAUACAGUGAACCUGCUGAAAUGGAGAAGACAGUGAAUGCCUCAGUCAAAAGGACCCAAAGUGGCCCUGGUUAUUUCACUGCUUCUGGUGCUGUGGUUGGAAGCGUUUUAAGUACUCCCAUUGUAAAUGCUCCACAGGCGGCUAAUAUGAGUGUGGGGGCGACACUCUCUCCAACUUUUCUACCCAAUCUUGCUCUAUUCUGGCAUAUAAAUAAUGGAAUUGAAGAGAUUCUGGCAGAUUAUGUUCACCAUGAAAUGACUCGCAGCUUGGUCUUGGUCCUAAUGAGACUUUUCCUAAUAGUGGCAGCAAAAGAUGUUUUCGUGGCCACAAAUUGAAACCAACUUUUUCCAGUACCCAUAGAUUUGAUUGCAUGAUGAUGAUGUUGGACGUGGACGCUUUGUUAUUUAUAAAGAUCGAAUAAAGAUUAGUCCUCGAAAUAUAGGACUCUUGGGCUAACAAUGAUUCAGUUUUGAGAAAUUAGUUGAUGGAACAUUUGAUUGUUUUCUUGUUCA